AUGGAUAAAGGUUUGCCGGAGUUGAUCCCCUUGGUGAAGCCUGCGGUAGUUUCGUUGAGAGACGACAUGACAGAAAAUAUCAAAUAUGGAGCUUAUGGGAUAAUUAAUGUGUACAAUUUAACCAUAGCUCAUGACCAAGCUAGCACACACAACAUGUGGAUUGAAAGUGGUCCAUUGGAUAAGCUUAAUAUGAUUGUUGCAGGCUGGCAGGUUUCUCCACAAUUAUAUGGUGAUUCUCGUAAUCGGUUGUUCACAUUUUGGACGGGUAAUGGCAAUGGCGACGGAUGUUUCGACAUGCUAUGUCCAAGUUUUGUCCAGGUUCAUAGGUCAAUAACUCCCGGCUAUCUAUUAGAGAAAUCUUCCAUUUAUGGCGGACCUCAAAUUGUGAUUUCUAUCCAAAUCCAUCAGGAUGCAAGUAGGAACAACUGGUGGCUGACUGUUGGUCAUCCAGGCAUGAUAAUUGGUUAUUGGCCGAGUGAACUGUUCUUAUAUUUACGCGACGGUGCGCUAGAUACGGCUUGGGGAGGAGCGGGUCAGGCUGGGAGAGACGGAGUUUGUCCUCCGAUGGGAAGUGGUCAUAAGCCUGAUGGCCAUUCUGAUCACGCCACGUACUUUCGAGAUCUUAAUUGGAUUGAUGCGACCGGCGCUUUUCAACGUCCUUCGAAAAAAACAGUGGAGACGGUGGAUGGUUCCAAUGUCUAUGAUUUGAAGAACUAUGGCAAAAGUCGCGAAAUGGGGCAUUGGAUUAGUUUUGGUGGUCCGGGAGGCUACUGUGAGGGAGGGAUGGAUGGUUAG